AUGCCAAAACAUAAGGAAGAUGCUCCCACCGCUACAGGGAAGACCGAGUCCACAGAUACGCUAUCAGCGUAUCUUCAUAUGAAGUCUCCAUUACUGGGAAAUCUGGAGUUCGAUGCAAGCAUUCCAGAGCCACCCGUGGAUGGUCAUCUGCUUUCUUAUGAGAUUAAUCAUGAAGCAAUCGCUUAUGAGCCUUCAGCGCUUGAACUAUUCGAUGGUUGUACUACGUUCCGCGAGUUUCAAAAUGGAGUGGUGUGCGAUACCAACGAUAAUAUGAACCGCAACACAUAUGCCGUAGCAAAUGAGCAGUUAAUGGCUGAGCUGACUGCAGAGCUUCAAACUCUGGAUGCCGCUGGGCAUGAUAAAUUGACAGAGUUACGAGAUGAGACGAUGGGUGAUCCCGCAAUGCAGGUCCUAAACCCGCUUAUAGCCAGGGCAAGUGAAGGGCUCCCAGAAGAUGUGAUGCAGGUUUUGUUUGCUGGUGAUGGGUCCAGGUUUGAAUCUAAAGAAGUAGACAGGCUGCCUAUACCACAUAAACAAUCUGCAACUUCAGAUCAUGGUGAUAAACUAAGACAGAAAUGGAGCUCUAUGACGACAUCUGAGCGUGUGGAAUACCAUAUUUCUCAGAUUAAUGAUACAUUUGUGCGUGUUAAUGAGUUGCGGCAUCCAACUAAUCCGCAUGCUAAAAUCGCAAAGCACUACAAGGUCAUGCCUAACGUCGGUCUCUGGAAGAAUCGUUAUAUACAGGCUGGUGUAGAUGGGAUCACAUCCUCCACGGCUACUGAGCAUGCUGGGAAACUGGCUAUAGGAGGUAUCCUCAAUGUUGCCAAGGAUGGAGCAACCCAGCGUAUAUAUGAAUACUACAAGAGUACUGAGGAUAGUGAGGACCGUGAUUUAUACAAAGAGAUCAAUUCGCAAGAACGUUUCAAAUUUGUUAGAAUGUACUCCUGCCAGCAAUCUACCAAGGUUGAAGGCAAUGACAACUAUUACCUGCUAUCUUUACCUCCAAGGUUGCACAACAAGGUCAGAUCGAGGGUAUCUAAUUCGAAUAGUGGUCCAAGUCAGAAUGAUGCUAUGGAUGUUGAUCCCAGUGAUAACGAUGUGGACGAAUCGGCUGUCCACAUCCUUUCAGUGAAGGGGCACAAGAUGGUACUCACAAAGGCUGGGAAGGCCAGACGUACAGAUAUUGUGCUCACUUACACGGAAGAAGAAUCGCCCGGACAUUCUUAG